GGAGAGAGCAGUCACAACUGUAGCACUAGCCUAGGCUGUAGCGUUGCACAAUAUAUACACACAGAGAAGGGGAUGAAUUAAGGAGGGAGAAGACUUAGAUAGAGAGAAGGACGCAAGUCAUUGGAUUUAUAUUACGUGCUCUGCGACAUUCAACAUCUACAACAUGGAGUCUAGAAAGGGCCAAGUAACUUGCUCUCUGGUCUUUUCUGUUUGUGUGGCAGCCAUUGGCUCCCUGCAAUUUGGAUACAACACAGGGGUGAUCAACGCCCCUGAAAAGAUCAUCAGGUCGUUUUACAAUGCUACGUACGAGCACCGAUAUGGGAAGAUAAUCCCGGAAAGUCUCCUCACAUCCCUGUGGUCUUUAUCCGUGGCCAUAUUCUCUGUUGGGGGAAUGAUGGGCUCCCUCUCUGUAGGAUUCUUUGCAAACCGCUUUGGAAGGAGAAAUUCCAUGCUGCUGGUGAAUGUGGCUGCCAUUGUUGGAGGGGCUUUCAUGGGUUUCUCGAAACUGGCCUGGUCCCCUGAGAUGCUGAUCAUUGGACGUUUCAUCAUUGGAAUCUUCUGUGGGCUUUGUACUGGCCUGGUUCCAAUGUAUAUUGGGGAACUGGCACCCACCUCUCUUCGUGGAGCUCUGGGAACCCUUAAUCAGCUGGGCAUCGUCAUUGGGAUUUUGGUGGCACAGAUUUUUGGCCUGGAGUUUAUCCUUGGAUCCGAGACCCUUUGGCCAUUGCUAUUAGCCUUCACCAUUUUCCUGUCCAUCAUCCAGUGCGCACUUCUACCCUUCUGUCCAGAAAGUCCUCGAUACCUGCUUAUUACUAAGGGGGAAGAUGAAAAAGCUGAGAUGAUUCUCCGGAAACUGCGUGGCACUACGGAUGUGGCCAGUGACGUCCAAGAGAUGAAAGACGAGAGCGCUAGGAUGGCACAAGAAAAAUCUGUGUCUAUUAUAGAAAUCUUCCGAUCCAGCCAGUACCGACAGCCAAUAACAAUCGCCAUCAUCCUCCAACUUUCCCAGCAACUGUCUGGGAUCAAUGCUGUAUUUUAUUACUCCACCAGUAUAUUUGAGGAUGCGAACGUUCCGAACCCUGUAUAUGCCACCAUUGGUGCAGGGGUGGUCAACACGGUGUUUACGAUUGUGUCGCUAUUAAUCGUGGAACGGGCUGGCCGUAGGACUCUGCAUCUUACUGGCCUUGGUGGAAUGGCUGUUGGUGCCUUAAUAAUGACCAUUGCUCUCAAGCUUAAGGAUCAAGACCAAGCCUGGAGCUAUGUGAGCAUUGUGGCAAUCUAUGGCUUUGUGGCUCUGUUUGAAAUCGGUCCUGGACCCAUUCCUUGGUUCAUUGUGGCUGAGCUCUUCAGUCAAGGUCCUCGGCCAGCAGCGAUGGCCAUAUCCGGCUGCUCCAACUGGACUGCAAAUUUUCUUGUGGGAAUGUUAUUUCCCUAUGCAGCAAUAGCAUGUGGUCCAUAUGUCUUCCUCAUCUUUAUGGUUCUGCUCAUCUUGUUCUUCAUCUACACGUUCUUCAAAGUCCCAGAGACCAGAGGCCGCACAUUUGAGGACAUUUCCCAGGAAUUCCAGAAAAAAGGUGCAGAGUCCAGAACCAAGAGCGACAGUGUGGAGCUGACAGGCAUUCAAGGUUUAGAUAAAAAAGUAUAAGGGGGGUGGAUGGUGAUUGUCUCCCACCUCUCCUGACCUCUGAUGCCGGCAUGUUUGCAAGAAUUGGGGCUCUCAGAACUAACACAAAAAGGACAACCCUACCAACCAAAUGAGAGAAAUUUUUGUCUGCAUCACGGGACAAUUUGAGGGCCAAUAGAAUUUGUAUUUGUAUGAUACCAACCAUUAGCAGCAGGAUUUAGGAACCAUCAGGGGACUGUAUUAUGUGUAAUUAUGGAACUAUGAACAUCUUCAGGCUCUCAAAGUGUGAUGACCUAAAGCUGCUAUUGCAUGGCAUAGUCUAGUGGCCCAGUCUAGUUUAAUGACCAAUCCAGCCUAAUAAGAGCAACUGGUGUCCCUCACAUUCCAGAAGUACCCUCAGAACAUGUGAUGCUCUGAAGUGUAGCAGAUUUGAAACCUCCACAUCUGGGCAACCUGAGUGGGUCUGAUCAUUGUGGAAAAACUUACACUGUUUAUUUUGUCCAUCAGUGGAAGGAAUGAGGAGUAGACACCAGAGCCUGCUGAGUGGCACACAAAGGCCUUCUCUCUGGGCUCGGCUUACAAAAGCCUUCUAUGAGACUGCACACAAAAGUCUUAUUAGCAUUGCUCAUAAAAGCCUACUCUUACGGUCUCCUAACAAAAGCCUUUUCUGAGACUGUGCUCAAGUGCUUGUUACUCCGAGAUAGCACACAAGAGCCUGUCACUCGGACUGUUCACAGGAGCCUUGACUGAGACCCUACAAAGAAAAAUUUGGACUGAGACUGCAUACAAGAGCCCACUAAAGCUUCUCUGAGAUGGUGCCUUGUUUCGGUGUGAGGCUGCUCAAUAGUGCCUUUAUUUGAGACUCCUCAUGGCAGCCUUUUUUUGAGACUGCUCACAAGAACCUUCCCUGAGACAGCCUUCAGUGCUGACACGUAAGACCCCUCUCUGAGACUAUCCAUGAAAGAGCAGCGGCUGAGGGCUUACACUAAAUGACACAGGGCCCCUAUGUGAGUCCAGCUGCAGUAGAACAAUACAGAACCAAGAGUUGGUUUUUUUUUAUUAUUUUAUAGUUUUAUACUAUAUACAUGAUAAAAUAAUAAUAAUAUUAAUAAUAAUAAUAAUAAUAAUAAACAGUAACAACAAUAUGCCACUUAGUGUGUUAUAUUUCUAGAUUUCGGCCAGACUGUACCCAAAGCAAAGAUCAUGGCAGCUGCCUAAAUCCUUUAUUUAUUAUCAUACGAGUAACUUGCCUGACCUUGCAUUACUACUGCAUAUAUAUAUAUAUAUAUAUUAUAGCUUUAUGCAAAGGGAAAGCAUUACCUAUUCCUCAUCCCACGUGCAGGUUUCCCUUUUACCAUUCACUGUUACAGCUUUUCCAAUGGUUUCAUACACUUUGCUUUAUCUCUGUUCUUUUAUGCUGGAAUGUAAUUGUUUAUUGAAAACUAAAAUAAAAAAUUCUACUUUUUGUCCUUAAA